GGUGAUAUUGUAUUAAGCAGCGGUCGGAGGCAGUGAGAACACAGAGUGGAUUAACCGGACACAGAGCUCGAACCCGAACCCGAAAUCAGCAUGCCGAGCAGCAGACUGCCAGCAGCCUUUGUGGCUGUGUUGUUUGUGUGUUCACAGUCAGUCUCAGGCUCGUAUCCCAAAGCUCAGAAUGUCACAUGGGAAUCCACCAACUUCAAAACUCUGCUGACCUGGGAACCCAAACCCUCAAAGGAUUACUCCUACACUGUGGAGUUCUCUGCCAUUGGUGAGAACAGACACAGAAAUCCACACUGCAUCCGAACCCCUGAGACGAGUUGCGACCUGACCAGGUCCCUCACUGACCUAAAGGCAGUGUAUUCAGCUGACGUGUUGUCUGAACCCCCGCUGGGGGUGACCUCUGACCUCAUCGAGUUUCCUCACACCAGCUCACCAAAAUUCUGCCCCUAUGAAGACACUGUUAUCGGCAAACCUGAUUUCAAACUGGACGUGAGCGAAGACAAAAAGAAGACCACCCUGUACGUGUCUGACCCGGUCACAGCGCUGUUUAAGGACGGACGCCAGCUGACCAUCAGGGACAUCUUCUCUGAAGAGCUGCAGUACAAAGUGACCUAUCGGAAAGCUAAGAGCUCUGGCAGGAAAGAGUACUUCUCCAAGAACAGCACCAUAGAGCUGACCAAUCUGGACCAAAGAGAGAGCUACUGCUUCUAUGUCCAGGCCUACAUCCCGAGCCGCAGAGCUGACAAACAGCUGGGAGACUUCAGCCAAACCCAGUGUUCCCGUAACGAAGACGCCUCCAUCUUUGAAAUGUACUCAGUGGGUGUGAUUAUCGGUGCCAUCUUUUUCAUCCUGCUGCUCAUCAGCAUCAUCGUCGCCGUAACAGUUAGCUGCUAUAAAUGCCGAAAGAACGCUCAAAAACGUGGAAAAGACAGCGUGCCACUCAACAGCGUAAUCCCGUGAGCCAAGAGGGUUAUGACAUCACCUCAACACUGGAUGUAACAGUUUUUAGUUUCUGUGAAACUGCCCGUUAUUAUGUUAGACGUAUUGUUUGUCUUUAACACCUGAUGCUGCACAGAGAUUUUAGGAAAAUGAUGUUUGUAAAUACUUGUUUUGGGUGAUUGGUACUUUCUGGUGAUGCCUUUGGAUAAACACUACCAACUGCUUUUAUUUAUUCACUUUAUAGUGUGUGUUCUAACUUGAAUAAUAACUUUGGGAGAUCAGGGGAACUUUAUGAGAAAUCAAACUUUAAAUUUUAUUUUUGUAUCAGAUUCUUAAUUUAUUAUGUUUAACUGAAAUUAACUUUUAUGUAUAUGAUGCUGUGUUUUAGUGUUUAUACUUAAAAGUGUAAAAGAUCAUUUUGCUACAUGAAAAAUAAAUAUUUUAUGGAACAGAA